AUGAACUUUUCAAAUAGUAAGGAUUUUACGACAGCUGCACAAAUGUAUAAAAAUAAUAACCAUUUCGACACUUCUUCCAAUAUUUCUCUUGAUGACAGCAAUGAUAGUGAUGGUAGUGACGGCAGUUAUGGCACUUUUGAUAUUGACAAUAAUGAAAGUACUUGUAAGAACAAACCUGAAACUAAUGAGAAAAGUCAAAGCGAAGAUAAAACUAAGCCUCGUUUUCAAGCACCUUCUAUACUCACACAGCUAAACAUGAAUACUAAUCGAAUUAUAGCAUUUAGUGGACAUCGUUCACUUGGUGGCGUUGCCUCAUAUCAAACCUUUACGAAAGAAAUAAUGAACAAUAUGGUUGCUAUGAUUGUUCCAGAUUCUCAAGAAUCAACAUCAAAUUCUUCACGUCCACCACUUGCACCUAUUUCUAAUUCAAACAAUCAAGUAGUUCGUCAACGUUCUAAAAUUUUCAAACCAAGACCUUUCAAGCCAUACGAUGCUUCAAAACCAUUUGUUAGUCUACUCAAAAAACCUGUUACAAAAAUUGUUGAAGAAGAUACUCAGGAAAUUCUUCCAGCCGUUGAUUCAAAUUCUACUCAGGAAAUGCCUAGAAUUAUUGUUGAAAACUGUUCAAAUUGGCAGAUUGAAAUAAAAAUUACAAUGAAAUAA